AUGAAUACCUUUGAAACCAUCUUCCAGAAACUGAAGGAGCUUCCUGUUCCUCUGUUUCCUACGAAAAAGUACAUCAGAGGCACCCAAUCUGAUGUGGUUGAAAAUGUCGUGGAGGAAAACUUUUGGCCUAACGUCCGGAAGUUCAUCAUCACCGAAGAUCCGAUCGCCAGAAUCAUGAAAGUAAUCUGUUCCGUGUGCUGGGACGAACUAGACGUAACAUGUAUUACCUUCCCCGAUGACAAACCCCAAGUUGGUCUUGUUGCAUCUUGCGGCCACAUCAUGUGUCGUGCAUGCUGGCCACGCGAGACUUUCGACUCAUUGCACACUAUCUAUGAAGGCUGUUGUAAGUGCCCGGUUUGCGAGACUCUACUAGAAUGUUUCAUUUGCCGUAAGCCUUGCAAUAAGGUGAAGAUUCCCACGCAUGGUGGUGAGGCUGCUAUGGAGUCUUUUCCCAAGACAGCCCCGGAGUGUGAACGAGAGUACCGUCCUUACUGUAAAGACUGUGCUAAGCCGUAUCAUCAGAAAGGAGAUGGUUUUUGGUUUGAGAAUACUGAGGAGCAGGAGAGCAUGAAUGGGUCUUCAGCCAGAAGUAAAAGUAUUUGA